AUGUGGGUUGCCUUGAAAAGUGUAGAGAAAGGAGAAGAAGGUGUUAAAGAGUUUCUUGAAGAGAUCAAAGCUAUGCAUCAAUGUAGGAAAGUUAACUUGGGUUCAUUAGAUCGUUAUGGCGUAACACGACAUCCUGACACAAAAAAAAUAUCUAAUGACAGACUUUGGAGUCUUACGAUAGACUUUCGUAGUCUACAUCGGUCAGGCCUCGUACACCGAGACUUACACAGUGGAAAUGUGCUUUUUGGUGAUAACAGGCGUAACUUUGUCGCCGAUCUUGGGUUAGCUUGUAAAGAUGGUCAAAAUAUAACUGGAGAAAUCAAAGGUGUCUUACCGUACUUUGCGCCAGAAAUCCAUUGUCGUCAACCUCACACAAAAGCCUCGGACAUUUACAGUUUUGGUAUCAUCAUGUGUUAA